AAAAAAAAAAAAAAAGAAAGAGAGACAGAACGAGAGAACCGGACCCGAGAAAAGAAGACUAGAAAACUAAUAAAAGAAGACGCUUCACAGAAGAGAGAGGGAACCGGCACAGUGACACAAAUGGCACUCAUGGCGGGGAUUUUGUUCACGGUUGCCUUUCUUGUUUCUGGAAUUUCGACACUUGUUUCUCCGUCUCGGACAUACCCGCCUAAUGAAGUCACGUUAUUGGACUCCAGAGCUGCACAGGGAGAGCUAGGAUGGGUCGCCAACCCAACAGAAGGAGGGUGGGAGGAGGUGAGCAUCAUGGAUGAGAAGAAUGUUCCCAUUCGGACAUACCAGGUGUGUAAUGUUAUGGAGCCAAACCAGAACAAUUGGUUGCGCACAGACUGGAUUCCUCGUAGUGGUGCUCAACGCGUCUACAUCGAGAUCAAGUUCACUCUACGGGACUGCAACAGCCUUCCUGGGCUCAUGGGAACCUGCAAGGAAACCUUCAACCUUUACUACUAUGAGUCCAACAACGACAAAGAGCGCUACAUCCGUGAGAACCAGUUUGGCAAAAUUGAUACAAUUGCCGCUGACGAAAGCUUCACUCAGGUGGACAUCGGCGAUCGCAUCAUGAAGCUUAACACAGAAGUGCGCGAUGUUGGUGCUCUGACUCGGAAGGGCUUCUAUUUGGCCUUCCAGGAUGUGGGAGCAUGCAUUGCACUUGUGUCAGUUAGGGUCUUCUACAAGAAAUGUCCUUUGGCGGUGAGGAACCUGGCCCAGUUUCCCGAUACUAUCACUGGGGCCGAUACCUCCUCGCUUGUGGAAGUUCGUGGAUCAUGCGUGGAUAAUUCAGAGGAGAAAGAGAUUCCAAAAAUGUACUGUGGGGCUGAUGGCGAGUGGUUAGUGCCUAUUGGAAACUGUCUGUGCAACCCUGGCUACGAGGAGCGAAAUACAGACUGCCAAGCUUGUAAAAUUGGUUACUAUCGUGCCCUGGCCACUGAGGGUGCCUGUUCCAAGUGUCCGCUCCAUAGCUACUCUGUCAGAGAGGGUUCCACGUCCUGCGCCUGCGACAAGGGAUAUUACCGUUCCGAAACAGACCCAGCAUCCAUGCCAUGCACUCGGCCUCCAACAGCACCUUUACACCUAAUCUCCAAUGUGAAUGAGACCUCUGUUAACCUUGAGUGGAGCGUGCCAAGGAGUUCAGGGGGGCGCCAGGAUCUCACCUACAACGUAGUGUGUAAACGUUGCGGACCCGAUGGGCGACGCUGUCAACCUUGCGGCAACGCCAUUCACUAUAGCCCCCAACAACUGAGCCUAAAGGGAACUAGAGUGUCCAUCAACGAGCUGCAGGCCCACACUAACUACACCUUCGAAGUGUGGGCGGUAAAUGGCGUCUCGCCGCAGAGCCCCGGGCCAGAACAGGCAGUGUCUGUGACCGUCACCACCAACCAGGCCGCUCCCUCCCCGGUACCAUCUGUCCAAGCAAAGAACAUUACAAGACACACCAUCUCGCUGGUGUGGCAACCUCCAGAGAGGGCCAAUGGAGUGAUCCUUGAAUACGAGGUCAAGUACUAUGAAAAGGACCAGAAUGAAAAAAGCUACAGGAUCAUAAAAACCUCAUCCAGGAACGCAGACAUCAAGGGUCUCACCCCCCUGACUUCUUAUGUGUUCCAUGUGCGUGCACGCACAGCAGCCGGCUACGGUGAAUGCAGUGGCCCCUUUGAGUUCAUGACAAACUCCGUGCCAGCUCCUAUAAUCGGUGAUGGAACAAACUCUACAGUUUUACUGGUGUCUGUGGUCGGCAGUGUGGUUCUCCUACUUCUACUCAUCGGCGCUUUUGUCAUCAGCCGAAGAAGGAGUAAGUACAGUAAGGCCAAGCAGGAGUCAGAUGAAGAGAAGCAUUUACACCAAGGAGUGAGGACAUAUGUUGACCCCUUUACCUAUGAGGACCCAAAUCAAGCUGUUCGCGAGUUUGCUAAAGAGAUUGAUGCAUCCUGCAUUAAGAUUGAGAAAGUUAUUGGUGUCGGGGAGUUUGGUGAGGUCUGCAGUGGUCGUUUGAAAAUGCCUGGCAAGAGAGAGAUCUGUGUGGCCAUUAAGACACUGAAAGCUGGAUACACCGACCAGCAGCGAAGGGACUUCUUGGCUGAAGCCAGCAUCAUGGGACAGUUUGACCAUCCCAACAUCAUCCACCUUGAGGGUGUAGUCACCAAAUGUAUUUUCUGUAAGCCAGUGAUGAUUAUCACGGAGUACAUGGAAAACAGAUCGUUGGAUGCAUUCCUGAGGAAGAAUGAUGGCCACUUCACUGUGAUCCAGCUAGUAGGCAUCCUGCGUGGUAUUGCGUCAGGCAUGAAGUACCUGUCAGACAUGAGCUACGUUCACCGUGACCUGGCAGCUCGCAAUAUCCUGGUCAACUGCAAUUUGGUUUGCAAAGUGUCUGAUUUUGGCAUGUCUCGUGUGCUGGAGGAUGACCCCGAGGCUGCAUACACUACCAAGGGAGGAAAGAUCCCUAUCCGCUGGACGGCUCCGGAGGCUAUUGCUUAUAGGAAGUUCACCUCAUCCAGUGACGUGUGGAGCUAUGGCAUCGUCAUGUGGGAGGUGAUGUCAUAUGGCGAGCGGCCAUACUGGGACAUGAGCAACCAAGAUGUGAUCAAAGCUAUUGAUGAGGGCUAUCGGCUGCCCCCACCAAUGGACUGUCCUGUGGCACUCCACCAGCUCAUGCUGGACUGCUGGCAGAGAGAGAGAGCAGAGAGACCAAAGUUUGGGCAGAUUGUCAACAUGUUGGAUAAACUUAUUCGCAACCCCAACACUUUGAAAAGGACCGGCGGAGACAGUGUUGUCAGGCCCACCACCACCCUGUUGGAGCCCGGUAGCCCCGAAGGGUCCUCGGCAGUAGGCACAGUAGAGGACUGGCUUCAGGCCAUUGGCAUGGAGAAAUACAUCGACAACUUUACAGCUGCCAGUUACACGACUCCAGAGGCGGUAGUCCACAUGACACAAGAGGACCUGACCCGCAUUGGAAUCUCCUCAGCAGCACACCAGAGCAAGAUCCUGACAAGUGUCCAAGGAAUGCUCUCGCAGAUGCAACAGAUCCAAGGCAGAAUGGUUCCUGUCUGA